UUGCUUUCCUUUUCGCUUUUGUCUUUCCCUGUCUUUGAUCUACAAUAUCCUUUUCCAUUUUACAAUUUAAGAUUAAAGGAAAUUGGUUUGCUUUCCGUGGGAUCGUUGAUCGUUUUACAUUUCUUUUGAGAUUUCAGCUUUAUAUUUAGUUGUGCUUGGUUAAGGCUCUUUGAGUCUCGACUCCUUGAGAGUGAAAAUCUUAAGCGGUGAUGGUGGGUGGUGGGUGGUGGUGGUGGUGACACUCAGCAUCUGCUGCUGCUCUUGCUCUUGCUUUUGCUCUCGCUCUCGCUCUCGCUUUGUUCUGAAAAGGAAUGUGAGAGUAGUGAGAGAGUGCGGAAGUGUGAGCUUGUUUUUUAUAGUUGAAAGCAAAUCAAAGAAGCUCAGAGACUGCUUUAAUGGGGUCGGAGCAGAAUAGAUUCCCGCAGCAGGAACGGAGAAAGAGAUGGGGAGGAUGUUGGGGUGCAUUCUCUUGUUUUGACUCACAUAAAGGUGGAAAGCGUAUAGUCCCUGCGUCUCGUAUUCCUGAAGGCAAUGCAUCAGCAACCCAGCCAAAUGGACCCCAAGCGGUUGGGCUGACCAACCAAGCCACAUCACUAGCUCCAUCUCUUUUGGCUCCGCCUUCUUCACCAGCAUCAUUUACAAAUUCAGCACUUCCUUCAACAGCUCAGUCACCCAGUUGUUCCUUAUUAUUAUCUGCCAACUCACCUGGAGGUCCUUCGUCAACAAUGUAUGCCACCGGGCCAUAUGCCAAUGAAACACAACUGGUCUCUCCUCCUGUUUUCUCAACCUUCACAACUGAGCCGUCCACAGCUCCUCUCACUCCCCCACCAGAAUUGGCUCACCUAACAACUCCCUCUUCCCCAGAUGUGCCAUUUGCUCGUUUCCUCUCAUCUUCAGUAGACAUUAAAACCACUGACAAGACCAAUUACAUUGCUGCAAAUGAUCUUCAAGCAACAUAUUCGCUCUAUCCUGGAAGUCCUGCUAGUAGUCUCAGAUCACCAAUUUCGAGGGCAUCAAAUGACUGUUCAUCAUCUUUUCCUGAACGUGAUUUCCCCCGACAGUGGGAUCCCUCAGUUUCUCCCCAGAAUGGCACCUAUCCAAGGAGUGGUUCUGCCAGGCUGUUUGGGUAUGACACGACUGGAGCCUCUGCGGCAUCUCAAGACUCAAAUUUCUUCUGUCCUGCUACAUUUGCACAAUUCUAUCUGGAUAAUCCACCAUUUCCUCAUGCUGGUGGAAGGUUAAGCGUUUCCAAGGAUUCAGAUGUUUACUCAACUGGUGGAAAUGGAAGUCAGAACAGACACAAUAGAAGCCCCAAGCAAGAUGUGGAAGAAUUAGAAGCCUAUAGAGCAUCCUUUGGGUUCAGUGCUGAUGAAAUUAUCACCACAACACAAUAUGUGGAGAUUUCUGAUGUAAUGGAUGACUCAUUUACCAUGACUCCUUUUACCUCUCAUAAAUUGCCUACUGAAGAACAUAUAGAACCUAUAUCUGUCACGGAAGGACUUAAAGCACAGAAGACAAAGACAAUCUUGCAGAGUCAGGACACUACUAAAUCGGAAUCAGAUCUUGAUGAGGGUGGAAGCUCCGACUUGCCAAUAUCAUGUAAUGGAUAUGAAGAUCACAAAUCAUGGAGGCAGCCUGGUGAUGUAUCUCGAUCAAGUACGCCUGGUCCUGGUAUCCGUGUUCUCGCCGACGAAGAAGACAUUUUUUCAAAGAUAGGGUCGUCUAAAUUGAGCAGAAAGUAUCAGCUGGGUCUAUCAAGCUCAGAUGCAGAAAUUGACUAUAGAAGGGGAAGAAGCUUACGAGAGAGGAAAGGAGAGUUUGCAUGGCAUGACUAAGAAUAAGCAACAAAGCGCAUUGUUAGUUGUUUCGCAUGUGUAUUAAUUUGCUGUUGUCUUUCUGGUUUGGGGUUCUGUGAUAGGUGGAAUGAUCUAACCUAUGAUCUAACCUGUUCUCUCUUGGUGUGUGACCUGGUCUCUCUGAUUGAUGAAUGUAUGUGAAUGCAUCAAUUGAUAUGUAUUUGGUGAAAUGCGGUUAGAUAUAUUGUAUUAGUGGAACAUGUAUUGCUAUAUCAGUUUAGCUAUUGUUAUGGCUUUUCUGUACC